AUGCGGUUUUUAUGCCUUCAUGGCUCUAUAACUAGUGCUGAUACUCUCAGUGCCCAGCUAGGGCCGUUGCAAAAGAACCUGGCGGCCGACAAUACCGCUUCAUUUUAUUGCGUGAAUGCGCCACAUGCUGCGAUAGCCCCUCCAGGACAGAUAGAAUACUUUGGUCCUCCGCCCCAUUACCGCUGGCUUGACUACCCCGGAGUUACCGAAGGCGCCCUCUUCACAACCGUCCGCGGGGCGCGAAACACCUCCCAUACUACUCCAGAAGAGGCGCUUCGAUCAGUGAUAUCCAAUGACAUUACUUGGACAAACUACUAUGACCUGAUGAAAUACAUCGAUGAGACAUUAGAAAAGAAUCCUGAUAUCGAGGGCCUCGUGGGAUACAGUGAAGGGGCAAGUAUCGGGGCAGCAUAUCUCUUGCGCGAACAGCAGAGGGAGCAGGAGACAGGCCGUACGCGGCGGAUUAAAUGCGCUGUUUUCUUGGCCGGUAUUCCCCCAGUAAAUUCAGAACGAGGGUUUAUAUUCGCCGAUGAGCGAGAAGACAUGAUAGAUCUUCCGACUGUCCAUGUCGUUGGUGCUAAUGGUGGGUUUGGCGCAGACUGCCUAUACAAUAUCUGCGACCCUGAUGCCGCUUACUUCUUUGAUACUGGAAAGGGACAUACUAUUCCUCGUGGAGGGCCAGUCAUCGAUGAGUUGGGAGACACGAUUCGGGAAUUGAUUCAGAGGACCAGGGAGGGGUAA